AUGGACGCAAUUCAAUACUAAGUCAUACCGAAUGCUAAUUUAUCGAAAAUCUACUUCGAUGUUGUAGAGUUGAUAAAGAGUGGCAUUGAUCCUGUUUAAUAACCAGUAUCAUUUAUACUUAAUUAGAAUAGACAAUAACAAAAGAUUGUAUUCAUAUUUAAAAUCAUGAUAUAUUAAGUUUUUCAUAAGCAUUAUAAUAAAUAAGGGAAAGAGGAUUUGCCUAAUGUACUUGUGGAAAAAAAGCAUAUUCAAUAUAAGAUCUUAGAAAAGACAUCAGAGGAAUUGUGCGAGAAAAAUUUCAUCCAUUAACUUAAAUUGUCUAAGUCAUCGAAGGAAUACUGACCCACAAAUAUUAGAGGAAGAAAUUCUAUACAGAUACCAUUUUUAACAACUAACAAAAUAUUGAACAUAAGAAUUUUAUCAGUGCACUUUAUAAUAAAUAUCAUAUCUCGAAUUCAAUUUCGACUUUGAUUAAAAAUUUAGGUUUUUAAGGAUCCUACUAUGAUUUCUGGGCUUAUUGCUUAUUAGACAAGAUUAAAAUCACUAUUCCUACAAGAAUAUUAAAUUGUCAACAUCCUGCAUGUUACGAGUUAACAAGCAUUCUAAGGUAUUAGUAGAACUGUGGACAAAAUAGACAAGACGUUGAAAUGGUGACAGAUAUUAAUGAUUAAAGUAUUGUUUUUCAUUGUCAUUAUCCUGGUUGUGAAAAUAAAAUAGAUAUUUCGACUUUCUCACUUAUGUUGAAUUCAUUAUUUAUAGAUUAAGAAUUAUUAGAUAUUUUAAACUCUGCUCCAUCGAUCUAAUUUAAAUUUCAAUAUGACCUUAAAAAGAACACAUUUAAAAAUGAUUUCUAAAAUAAGGAUCUUUACAUUUAAGAUAUAUCCCCAAAUUUUGAUGAUGCAACAUACAAAUCUAUAAUGCUUUAAAUACAAUCGAUUAUAUAAUUAAAUCUAAGUGAUGAUAUUUAAACAAAGUUAAAUCAAUAGAAGUAUUAAGUAAGAAAAAUUAAUUUGACCGAUCCAAUUAAUUCAAAAUAAGUUGAAUUUCCUGUUAGAUGCAUCAAAUGCCCAGAUUUUAACCGAUGUGCAGAUAUUAGGUCUUAUGUUGCUUAUUUUUUCAAAGAAAAAAAAUCUUAACUUCGCUCUACUUCAAUAUAAUGCCCAAUUUGCAAGAAUGUUCUUCAGACUAGCACAGGAUAGUUGAAUAACCUGAUUUACUUUGAUUAAAAUAUCAUUUCUAGAAUGUUUAAAGACUCUAGCAUCAAUGAUAAUAAAUUAUUUGAUUAUGAUGGAAAACAAUAUAUGUUGGAUGAAUUUCUAUCCAAAUAAAAGUUUAGUAAAAAGAGCUAUACAUAAAUUUUGAAAUAGAAAAAGGAUAGCAAUGGUGAAUUUAUAAAAGAAGUUAAGUUUAGCGCAUUGAAAUGUACUGUAAAUCCAAAUAGACGACUUCAGUACCCAUUAAUAAUCAAGAACUGCAAAAAGAAUUCUUAUAUAGAUUUUGAAUCAUUUUAUGAAAAAUUGGCUGAGUGUUAAUUCCAAAUUCCUGCUGAGGGACUUCAAUUAUGUCGUUGUUAAGAAUAUUGUAGUCAAUAUCCUGUGAAAAAAUUUACAACUAGUGUUUUUUAUCAUGAAGCCCUUGGAGAAGCUUUAUAAUAAUUAAGGAAGGAUAAUGUCUAUCCUGAAAAAUUUAAAUAUAAUUUUGAAGAAGGCAAGUUCAUUCUAGUUUAUCAAAGAUAGAAUAGUUCUGAAGCAGAUAGCGGAUUCGAUCGAACGAUUAUCAAUGAGGGAAGGUUUAAUGUAGGAUUUAUAGAUUUAUUAACAGACUAAGAGUAUUAAGAAGCAUUCUAACCAAGAAUUGUAAUGGGAAGGUAGUAAUAACUUAUUUAAAUGAGCUAAAAUAUUACUGAAAACUUACAAGCAGUUCAUACUGCUAGAGGUCUUGAAAUUAAUGUGGAUUAAGAGGUCGAGAGGAUAAAUAACGAUGUAAAUUCGGAAAUGAAGAGUUAUAAUUUUAAAUUAUUUUCAAUGUAAGUGGAUAUGAAUGAUGAACAAAUUAAAAUAAAUAGAGGAUAGGUUAGAUCUUUAAAUUACAAAGAUCAGUGAGAUUAAAUUAAAACAUUAAAUAUGCAUAGAA